UAUCAAUGUAUGUAUAUUUUGUGAGAAAUUUGUGGAAACCUCUCAACCUCUUUUAACCAACCAACAAACAUACCAACCAAACUCUAAUACAAAUCCUAUAUAUAUAUAAAAGCAAAUUUUUUUAGAGUAAUCUUUUAUCUGGGGUUUCAUUUUCUUGAAUUACAUUGAAACCCCAUAAAAUUUUCUUGAAGAAAUAAGGGCCUUCUUCUAACAAAUUAGAAGAAGGAAGAAGGCUCUGUUUCUUGAAGGAAAAAUAAUUAAGAUGUUUAGAUUUUCUGUAUUAGCCCUUCAAUUAAUUGAGUUAUUUGUGAGCUCUGUUGUUCAUUUAUUAUAUGGGUUUUAUAUAUUUAGCUCCGCAGUUGCUGGGGAUGUUUCAUUGGCUUUAAAUGCUUUCUUUUCUAAGUCAAAUAUUGAAGAAUCAAUUAGGGAUGAUAAGUUAAUUGGGUCGGAUAAUGAUUUGCCUCCCAUUGUUUUGGUUCAUGGAAUUUUUGGCUUUGGAAAAGGGAGGUUAGGUGGGUUAUCUUAUUUUGCCGGUGCAGAGAAGAAAGAUGAAAAUGUUUUGGUGCCUGAUUUGGGUUCAUUAACCAGUAUUUAUGACAGGGCAAGAGAAUUGUUUUAUUAUUUAAAAGGUGGACAAGUUGAUUAUGGUGAAGAACAUAGUCAGGCUUGUGGGCAUUCCCAAUUUGGAAGGAGAUAUGAAAAAGGGCAUUUUCCUCAAUGGGAUGAAGACCAUCCGAUUCACUUUGUUGGGCAUUCGGCUGGGGCACAAGUGAUUCGAGUUUUGCAGCAAAUGUUGGCUGAUAAGGCAUUCAAAGGAUAUGAAAAUUCUUGUGAAAAUUGGGUACUAAGUGUAACAACGUUAUCUGGUGCGUUCAAUGGGACUACUAGAGCUUACUUGGAUGGAAUGCAGCCUGAUGACGGGAAAUCCAUGAAAUCCAUAUGUCUUCUCCAGUUACUGCGUGUAGGAGUUAUUGUUUAUGAUUGGAUCGACAUUCCUAUCCUGAAGUACUAUUACAACUUUGGAUUUGAUCAUUAUAAUAUGUCAUGGAGAAAAGCUGGCAUUUGGGGACUUGUUGAUUGUCUUCUUGGAAAUUCUGGCCCAUUUGCUGCUGGUGAUUGGAUCCUUCCAGAUUUAACGAUCCAAGGCUCAUUACGUCUCAACAGCCAUCUAAAAACCUUCCCCAGUACAUACUAUUUUAGCUAUGCAACCAAACGUACUAGAAAAUUCAUGGGCCGUAUUGUUCCUUCAAACAUACUUGGAAUCCACCCAUUGCUUUUCGUUAGAGUCUUGCAGAUGUGUCAAUGGAGGCACCCACCUGAUGUUCCUCCCCCUUUCAAGGGCUACAGGGAUGAAGAAUGGUGGGAUAAUGACGGCGCAUUAAAUACUGUGUCGAUGACACACCCUCGUUUCCCAGUUGAACACCCUAAUCGGUUUGUGGUUGAAGAUUCUGAAUGCCACCCAUUGCAACCAGGCAUUUGGUAUUACAAGAUAGUGGAGGGGGAUCACAUUCUUUUCAUAGUGAAUCGAGAAAGAGCAGGGAUACAAUUUGAUUUAAUAUAUGACAGUAUUUUUGAGCGGUGUAGGAAGCACGCGUUUAGAAAGAUCCCAACAUUACCAGACCAUGUUCAAUGACAAGAUUAGCUAUACAAUUUAACAUUUGUAUCUCACAAGUGCGGAGCCUUGUAGUUUCAUUUUCAUCACAUAUCCAUGUUGUGCCGAUAGAAUGAUGCAGAUACACACUGCUGUUGUACAGAUGUUUAUUCGAUCCAUACCUAAGUUCUAUGAAUCAUCCUCUUCUAUUAAAAA